CAUCACUCAGCCGUGUGUUCUGAUUGGUCAGUCCGAGGUGAACGUCUUCGGCGCGAACGUAUUGUCGUUAUGAAAACAAACUCGUCCCAUUCAGAGUAGAGGUAAAUGAACUUCCAACAUGGCGUCCUCCUGCAUCCCACAGAGCUUCACUCCUGACAAUAAACACGUUAAAGGGGAGAACAUCCAGAUCCAGAAAUCUUCUCUCCUAGAAUAUGAGAAACCAAAAUACAACAGACUGAAAAGGGUGAAGAGGAGCAGAAGGUCUGAUCUGAUGCUUCCUGAGUGUGAAGGAAUCAGACAUGACGUCACUGACGAACAUCAUCAUGAUUGUAACCGAUCUUCAGACACGUCCAUCAUGAAGACCCCGAGACCUCUGACUACUCCUGGUGCACAAUGUUCUCCUCCAACACGAGGUCUUCUCUUCCACAUGAAUAAGUCUGGAGGACAAAAACUUGUGAUCAAGUCAGAACCCAACACUUUGUGUCAUCAGGAGUCGCCUAUCCCGAGGAGGAAGCUGGAGGUCUGAAAGGACUGAGAGAUGUGAGAGAUCUGCAUAAGCAUGAGGAGGAACAGAAGGAGCUUCUGCGGGAGGUCUGCACUCAUGGUGAAAGUGUUCACUCCUCGUUAUUCGUCUCAAAGAGGAAACAGGAAGUACAAAGCCACAGCGAUGAACAUCUUUGCAAACGCCAGAGAUGGAGUCAGGACAGGACGGAGAUGGUGAACAUGUCUGAAGGUCAUGUGACCUCUGGAGAAGGAGCGAUCAAGAGGAACAGGUUGAGGAGGAAACAGCAGCGUGUGAAGAACGUAAAUCAGGAGGAGGGAUGUGUGAGACAGGAUGAGGACUUGCCCUGGACUGAGAAAUAUCGCCCUCGGGGAUGUGAAGAAAUGGUGGGAAACUCGGCUGCAGUGAAGAAGCUGUACAGCUGGCUGAAGAAGUGGAGGAUAAGGGCAGAUGUGGAGGAGAGGAGAAGACGACGAGAGGAACAGCGAAUGAAGAAGGAGAGCAACGGCUCGUGGGAUUGUGGUGAUUUUGAAGGAGACCUGCAGAUGGAGGAGUGUGAUGGUGAACUUUGUAACACGCUGCUGAUCCACGGACCUACAGGAACAGGAAAGAGCGCAGCUGUGUUCGCCUGCGCAGAGCAGCUGGGCUUUAAUGUGUUGGAGGUGAACAGCUCAUCACUGCGCUCCGGUCGUCUGGUUCUGUCUCAGCUCAAGGAGUCGACUCAGUCUCACCAGGUGGGGGCGCCACAGCCCUCCAUCUCUCACACGCCCUCACCCGCUGCAGCGUCACGUCAAGGAGCUUCACAGGAACCCAUCUGGUCCUGCAGAAAACCCUCAGCCAUGUCUCGAGCAGCUUCCAGAAGGAAAUGUGGCGUUUCGCGGAAAUCCGUCACUCUCACGCGCUACUUCAGGAAAACCGGAAACAAACACACUGAACUUCCUCACGACACAAGACCUCCUGAUGACGUCACACGUGAUGAGUCCAAGUGUAAGCAAGAUGGUGUGCCAGACAAAAACGACAAGACGCCACCGAUAUCGCUCGUUCUGUUUGAGGAGGUUGAUAUCGUCUUCGAGGAGGACGUGGGGUUUUUCGCCGCCAUAAAGACUUUAAUGAGUACAACCAAGAGACCCAUCAUUCUGACCACCAACGAUCCGGCGUCCAGAAAGUCUUUUGAUGGACGUUUUGAGGAGAUCCGUUUCAGAACUCCUGCACAGGAGAGCGUUGUGAGCUACCUGCAGCGUGUGUGUGUGGCAGAGGGUGUGAAACUGGACCCGGAGCAGAUCCGCUUCAUGCUACAGGAGAAUAAUGGAGAUGUGAGGAGGAGUGUGUUAGAGCUUGAGGUGUGGGUGAGAAGCGGAGAAGAAAACAUACACCACCAUCUACACAACCGAGCGCUCACUUGUAGGUCCUACAACGAACUGCACAGGUGUAUAGAGAUCCUAGUGGAGAGCUGGAGAAAGGGGCGGAGUCUGCUCUACUCCAACCUGGAUAUUCUUUUAGCCCAGCCCACUUUUAAAAACGCACAUCAAAGCGCCUUUGAUCAAAAGAACAAAGCUCAGUUUCCACCCAGCUCGAGAAAACUGAAGGUUCAGAGAAACGUUCUCAGAAAGCAGCACUCGAUUCCUGCGCUACCAUUGGACGGAGCUGAACACAUGAACCAAUCAGCUACAGGGUUUUUUUCUAAAGUGGAUUCUCUGGCAUGUUUCUUUGACACCAUGUCUUUUGUGGACUCGUACUUGUGCUGGGGGGCGUGUCGUAAACUCGGACCUCUGGGAGCCAAGAUGGUUGACGGGUUGCUGGACGAACCAGGGGAAGAUGUGGAAAUGAGGACGCACAUUUCGGAGAGAUGUUACGAGAUCCUGGCGGUGGUGGAGGGUUUGGCAUUCCACAAGUGCAGGACGGAGGUGUGUCCGAUGAAACGAGGGAAUCAAAGCAAAGCGUGGAAACGGGUUCAAAGUGAACAGGAGAUGAUGGACGUGGUAAACAAAGCGCUCUGCAGUAAAGCGUUCCGAUUUCAUGGAGAUCAGAAGGCCAUAGUGACCGAUUAUCUUCCAUUUCUGCGCUUCAUGUGCAGAAAACAGAACACCGAGCAACAGGAGGAGCUCAGAUGUUCUGAUUACCUCACAGAGAUCGGACUGCGUCUCCCUAAAAGUGCCCUCAGUCUGUUAGUGUUUACUGUACAAUAAUAAUGAUGUAUAAUUUAUAAAAUCCAGUUCACACACACACACACACACACACACACACACACACACACACACACACACACGUCAUUUUCCCCAAAUUUCAUUUCAGUCCAGGAAACACAUGUACACCGUGUACUUAUAAUCACAUGAAUAAUAAAUUGCUAAAUAUUUUAAUACGUAUAAAUAAUGUAUAUUUAAUUAAAUAAAUGUGAAGAAUCUGUAGUCAAGAUGCUGCUAAUGAAGAAAAUCGAAAUAAAUAAAUCAACUCAAGUGUGAAAACA